GUUAAAGUCACAAUACAGGAGAAAUUUUACUCAACUUUAAGUUAAACAGUGUUUAUAUAAGUAAGAAUAUAAACAAAAAUAAGACAGAUGAAUAAUCUACAACAGGGAGCUUCUAAAUUGUUAUCCAAAUUUGUUUAGGACAGCUUUUAGAAACCGAUUUCAUUCCCAAGUACAUGUCAUAAACUAGAAGAGCUGGAACUUAAUGAGAGAAUAUGUCUAAUGAAGAAAUAAUGAUAUGUCUAUGAUUUCAAGCAGCAAAAAUGAGCUUGAAAAGGAGAGUAAAACAUCUGCUAAGGAAACUUCCAAGAAUCAUAACCAUACUUACAAUGUGUUUCAGCUUUGUAUAUAUUUGCUAUGAACUUCAUAGCUUUAUGACAACAAAACCUGGUAAGGAGGACAUCAGAGAAAUAACUUCAUUAAAUCCUUCAGGUUAUAUCAACACUCAUGGUAACAAGUUUAUUGUCAAAGAUCCAUCAAAUAGAGAAGCUUAUGAUAAUACUCAAGGUAACAUACAUCAAAAAGAGCAUGACAACAUAAGGAAUAUUUUAGAUGAUGACAGUGAAGACAUUAACAAGAGGAGAGAACAAUCUGAUAAUUUAAAUGAUAGCCAAAAACCCAAAGAGGCAAACUAUGUACCAAAAUUCAGUAUACACCAACUGAUUUCCAAUAUGACAUUGAAAGACUCAGAUUGGCCUUAUAACAUAACUGAAUCGGCAGGUACCACUCCAGCCUUACCACAUGAUGAUGCAGAACAUGAUGAUAAACAUGUUACAAUCAUAAAGGAUGACUCCGAAAAUGACACAACAUAUAGAGGUGUUUCCAGACAAGGCAUUCAAAUUCCAUCAGAUGAUACAGAAAAAUCUGAUGAUCAAAGUGAGCAUGACAACACAAAGGAUAUUUUAGAUGAUGACAGUGAAGACAUUAACAAGAGGAGAGAAGAAUCUGAUAAUUUAAAUGAUGGGCAAAAACCCAAAGAGGCAAACUAUGUACCUAAAUUCAGUAUAGACCAACUGAUUUCCAAUAUGACAUUGAAAGACUCAGAUUGGCCUUAUAACAUAACUGAAUCGCCAGGUACCACUCCAGCCUUAACAAAUGAUGAUGCAGAACAUGAUGAUAAACAUGUUACAAUCAUAAAGGAGGACUCCAAAAAUGACACAACAUACAGAGGUGUUUCCAAACAAGGCAUUCAAAUUCCAUUAGAUGAUACAGAAAAAUCUGAUGAUCAAAAAGUUGCAAUUCCAAAUGAUGACCCAGAUAAAUACACAACACAGAUGAUACAAAAUAUGCAAAAGAAAACGCAUAUUCCAUCAAAUCAUGACAUAAAAGCAGUUAAUGAACAUGAUAUGAGCCUAAAUGAUGGCACAGAUGAUGUUAAUAAGGUAACUGAUAAUAAUAGUCAAAAUAGUACCAAAGAUCAGAUAAAUACAAAUACAAUACAAGUUGAAUGGAAGAGCCACAAACACAACACUAUUCCAGGUGACCAAGCACAUUACCAUACAAAAAAUGUCGUCAACCAUAUGAAAAAUCUUGAAAACAAUAUGAUCUCUGUUGACAAACCAAAACAGAGACAAGAUAACAUGGAUUUAAAAUAUCUAAAUAAUGAUGAGAUUGAACUGAAUACUGGAAUGAAGCACAAGAUAGAUACUGAACUGGGGAAUGAGAAUAAAGACUUGGACUUGGGCUAUAUGAAAAAUGAAGAACAAAAUAUCAACAUUGAACUGGAGAAUGAGAAUAAAGACAUGGACCACAUGACAAAUGAAGAACAAGAUAGAGAUAUUGAACUGGAGAAUGAGAACAAAGACUUGGGCUACAUGACAAAUGAAGAACAAGUUAGUGACAUUGAACUGGAGAAUGAAAAUAAAGAUUUGGACUACAUGACAAAUGAAGAACAAAAUAGAGAAAUUGAACUGGAGAAUGAGAACAAAGACUUGGGCUACAUGACAAAUGAAGAACAAGUUAGUGACAAUGAAUUGGGGAAUGAGAAUAAAGACUUGGACUACGUGACAAAUGAAGAACAAGAUAGAGUCAUUGAACUGGAGAAUGAGAAUAAAGACUUGGACUACAUGAACAAUGAAGAACAAAAUAGAGACAUUGAACUGGAGAAUGAUAAUAAAGACUUGGACUACAUGACAAAUGAAGGACAAGAUAGAGACAUUGGACUGGAGAAUAAGAAUAAAGACUUGGACAACAUGACAAAUGAAGAAAAAGAUAGAGACAUUGAACUGGAGAAUGAGAAUAAAGACUUGGACUACAUGAACAAUGAAGAACAAGAUAGAGAAAUUGAACUGGAGAAUGAGAAUAAAGACUUGGAC